UCCUGGCUGGAAGGUGGCGGGCGGGGCGGCUGCCGGGGCUGCUGCUGGCCGGGCGCCUGGACCCGGGGCAGCCCUGACGGGCCGUGACCUCGAGCCAGCCGGGCCUCCCAGUUUAUCUCCCAGGACGUGGGGGGCACCGGGGGGGUGCUCAGGAAGCGUGUGUGGGGGCGUCCAGCACAGCAGGAAGCCCGGAGCCCCGGCCAGAGCGCACCCCGGCCCCAGGCAGCAUGUGGGGCCACCUCCUCCUCGCGGCCCUGGCGCUGGGGUUCAGCAUGGCCGGCAGCCCCCGGACCCCCAGCAUCUACGACGAGACCCCCGAGGGCGGGAGUGCGGGAGAAGGUGACGAUGGCAUGCUGGGGCCCUGGGCCCGGCCGGAGCAGACGGUGUCCCCGUGCCAGGCGGGUCCACGCAGCUACCCGGGCCGGCUCUGCGCCAACGACAGCGACACACUGGAGCUGCCCGAGCACUCGCGGACACUGCUGCUGGGCUGGGUGGCCACGCGCCUGGUGCCCGCGCUCUACAGCCUGGCGCUGGCCGUGGGGCUGCCCGCCAAUGCCCUGGCGCUGUGGGUGCUGGCCACACGGGGGCCGCGCCUGCCCUCCACGCUGCUGCUCAUGAACCUGGCAGCUGCCGACCUGCUGCUGGGCCUGGCACUGCCGCCACGCCUCGCCUACCACCUGCACGGCCAGCGCUGGCCCUUCGGGGAGGCCGCCUGCCGCCUGAGCGUGGCCAUGCUCUACGGCCACAUGUAUGGCUCGGUGCUGCUGCUGGCCGCCGUCAGCCUUGACCGCUACCUGGCCCUGGCGCGCCCGCUGCGGGCACGCGCCCUCCGUGGGCGCACUCUGGCCGCCGGGCUCUGCGCCGCCUGCUGGGUGGUUGCGGCCGGCCUGGCGCUGCCCCUGGCCCUGCAGCGCCAGAGCUUCCGGCUGGCCGGCUCGGACCGCACGCUCUGCCACGACGCGCUGCCUGCCGGCGCCCAGGCGGCCUACUGGCGCCCAGCCUUCGCCUGCCUGGCGCUGCUGGGCUGUUUCCUGCCGCUGCUCGCCAUGCUGCUGUGCCACGGGGCCACCCUGCGCGCACUGGCGGCCAGUGGCCGGCGCUAUGGCCGUGCCCUGCGGCUGACCGCGCUCGUGCUGGCCUCGGCCCUGGGCUUCUUCGCGCCCAGCAACACGCUGCUGCUGCUGCACUACGCGGACCCCCGGCCCGGUGCCCACGGCGACCUGUAUGCGGCCUACGUGCCCAGCCUGGCCCUCAGCACCCUCAACAGCUGCGUGGACCCCUUCGUCUACUACUACGUCUCGGCCGACUUCAGGGACAAGGUGCGGGCCGCGCUGGCCUGGGUGCGCCGCCCGGGACCCCCGAGCUCCCAGGCCUCGGCAGGGGGCGGCCCCGGGGGGGGCACCCGCUCCACCUCACUGGUGUGAGGGUGUCGGGACCCCAGGUGCUGAGGACCCCCAGGCGGCCAAGGACUCUCCAAGGUGGUCGAGGAAUCCCCCAAGGCCACCAAUGACCCACCCAGGCAGCCGAGGACCCCCAAAAGCAGCCGACGACCCCCCAGGUGGCCGAAGAACCCCAAGCUGGCCAAGGACACCCCCCACAUGACUGACAACCCCCCAAGGCAGCUGAGGACCCCUAAGGCAGCCGAGAGGACCCCCCAGGUGGCUGAGGACCCCACAGGCAGUCAAGGACCCCCGAAAGCAGCAGACAACCCCCC